AGUGCACCCAUGCGCCGCAAGAUGCUGGUGGAAUCCCGCCGAAGCACGGCAUAUCGUCAAGCGAGACGAGGGGAAGGAUGAGACAACAGCGUCUGAGAAAUAUCCAACCUGCCUCUUCAAAUUUGGACUCUCUGCCUUACGUGACGCUCUAGCAGAAAAACACAAUCGCCAGUCGAGACUGACGGCGACCCGGAGGUUCAUACAGGGGCCUGCUUGAAUAGGACUUUCGAUUCUCUGAACGUACGUGUUCAAGCGGGUGCAAGACCGCAGGAAGACAACAAUACCGUCAGCCCCGUGUUCAGAUAUCACACUUGACAGAAUCGAAAAUCCACGAUGGCUGGCGUCGCAAAUGGUGCGUCCUCGACUGCGGCAGCACCCUCCGAGCCUCAUGAUCCAGGCUCGUACCCUCUUGCCGCUCAGAUUCCGUUGAAGGAAUUUCAACUGCCAGACUUCCCUCCUCAUGCUUCCCGCCUGAGAGAACUUACAUUCACCGCCGACAUCAAGCUUGAUGAGUACCAAACUAUGGUGCAAACUCAUAGCGACGCCAUCGUCACUCAAGCCCCUUUGCCAGAUCUGCCGAAAUCCAUCACUCAUUUGACCUUCGAGCUAUUUGGUCUCGGCUUCCCUGGUACGCCGCCCUUCCUGACUAGACUAGCGCGGUCAUUGCCAAACGUUAGAAGCGUUACCUUCUUCAGCUGUCUGAUCGAUGGUCUCGAUGAGGCAUCCAGGAAGGACGCGGAGAAGUUCUUCGAGUGUCUGCCGAACCUGCAGGAACUGCAUAUCAUUGAUUCUUUUGCGAGGCCCGGCUUUUUCAAGACCGUGGGUGAAUUUCUUGAGGCACAUGCCAAAGGCAACGCUAGUGAAGGCUUGAAGCUGGUCGACGUCAGUUACACCUUCCGUGGACACGAGGAUAGCGACUUCCUGGCCAGAGUUCAAGGCGAGGACUUGCCGAAUCUCCUUGUCAAGGGUCUGGUAGGGGCCAGCUUUGACUUCGUCCCUGAGCGGAAGGAUGAGCUCGCAGAAGCUCCCGAGGGAGAAGAGGAGAAAAAGGAGAAGCAGGAAAUCAACGAAGGGAUUCUCCCGUUUGCCAGCGACGGACGAGCCCCUACUGCGAUCAGGAAAAGGUUCGAGAGUAUGAGCCACGGAGGCCAGUUGAAGAGUUUGAAGAUCUUGAAUUUGGGCAUGUAUUCUCUCCGUCCCGUGGAAGUGGGGGAGGUGGUCUAUGCUUGUGCCGGCGGUGAGGCGGCGGGUCUGGUCGACAUUACCGUCAGUGUUCUUCUCGAAGAAGGCUGGGUGGGGAAACUGGCAGAAGGCCUGCAGCACAAAGGAGUGGCUUCGGUCUUGGAAGGGAUAGAAGUCAUUGGGGUUCCCGACAAGGCCAAGGAGGAAGGCGAGGACUGGAAAUCGGGAUUGACCGUCGCGAACCUGGCCGACGUCGAGAAGAUUGCUGCGGGGUGUCCGAAGCUGGGCAAGUUUGGAAUGAGCAUUCUCAAGGUCAAAAGUGCACCAAACGUGGUGUUUAUGAAGGAAGGCGGCGCAUGGGUUGAGCGGUGA